AUGGGAGACGCGGUCCAUGAUUUGCAAAAGGCCGUGUCGAAAGGGAAGAUUAGGCAAGUAAAGCAACUUAUCAAACAGGGGGCUAACAUAAACCAGGCAAACCAAAAUGGGAACACGUGUUUACACAUCGCAGUGAAGAAUGACCAAAGAGGCAUCAUUAAAUACCUCAUUAAACAUGAAGCUGAUGUCGAAAAAGGCACGUCAACGGGGCAAACACCCUUACAUCUUGCUGCCUCACAUGGACUUCUUAAGGCAAUGAAAAUUAUUCUCAGUCAUGGAGCCCAAAUAAAUAAUGGAGAUGAUACUGACUGGACUCCAUUACACAUUGCCACCAUAAAUGGUCAUCUUGAUGUCAUCAAAUAUCUCAUCAGUAAAGGAGCUGAAGUGAACAAAGGGAAUAAUCAUGGAAGUACUGCCUUAUGCAUUGCAUCCCUUAAUGGUCACCUUGAUGUGGUUAAAUAUCUCAUCAGUCAAGGAGCUGAAGUGAACAAAGGGAAUAAUAAUGGAAGUACUGCCUUGUACAUUGCAUCCCUUAAUGGUCACCUUGAUGUGGUUAAAUAUCUCAUCAGUCAAGGAGCUGAAGUGAACAAAGGGACUACUACUGGUUUGACUGCAUUGCACAGUGCAUCUGAGAAUGGUCAUCUUAAUGUCACCCAGUAUCUCAUCAGUCAAGGGGGUGAGUUGAAUAGAGGGGAUGAUACUGGGUCGACGGCAUUACACUACGCAGCUGAGAAUGGGCAUCUUGAUGUCUCCAAACAUCUCAUCAGUCAAGGGGGUGAGUUGAAUAGAGGGGAUGAUACCGGGUCGACGGCAUUACACUACGCAGCUAAGAAUGGGCAUCUUGAUGUCUCCAAACAUCUCAUCAGUCAAGGGGGUGAGUUGAAUAGAGGGGAUGAUACCGGGUCGACGACAUUACACUACGCAGCUGAGAAUGGGCACCUUGAUGUCUCCAAACAUCUCAUCAGUCAAGGAGCUGAAGUGAACAAGGGGAACAACACAGGUUGGACUGCAUUACACUGUGCAGCUGAGCAAGGUCAUCUUGAAGUCUCCAAACAUCUAAUCAGUAAAGGAGGUGAUGUGAAUAGAGGGGAUAAUAAGGGAAGUUUUCCAUUAUGCAUUGCUUCUCAAAAUGGUCAUCUUGGUGUCAUCAAACAUCUUAUCAGUCAAGGAGCUGAAGUCGAUAAAGGAAAAGAUAGGCCUACUGGUCUGACUUCAUUACACAUUGCAGUUGACAAAGGUCAUCUUGAUGUCAUUAAAUAUCUUAUCAAACUAGGAGCUGAAGUGAAUAGGGGGAAUGAGACUGAAUGGACUGCAUUGCACAUUGCAGCUCAGAAUGGUCAUCAUGAUGUAACAAAAUAUCUCAUCAGUCAAGGAGCUGAAGUGAAUAGAAGAAAUGAUAAUGGAAGUACUGCAUUACACUAUGCAGCUAAGAAUGGUCAUCUUGAUGUCUCCAAAUAUCUCACCCGUCAUGGAGCUGAACUGAAAAGAGGGAAUGACACGGGAGCUGAGGUGAAUAGAAGGGGUGAUAAUGGUUGGACUGCACUACACAGUGCUGCUCACAAUGGUCAUCUUGAUGUCACAAAACAUCUCAUCAGUCAAAGAGCUAAAGUCAAUAAAGGAAAUGAUACUGAAUGGACUGCAUUACACCUAGCAGCAAAGAGUGGUCAUCUUGAUAUAAUAAAAUAUCUUAUCAAAAAUGGAGCCGAAGUGAAUAGAGGGAAUAAUGCUGGUGUGACUUCAUUACACAUAGCAGCUAAGAAUGGUCAACUAGAUGUGACCAAAUAUCUCAUUAGUCAAGGUGCUGAAGAUAAUAAAGGGGAUGAUACUGGGUCUACCGCAUUACAUUAUGCAGCUGAGAAUGGACAUCUUAAUGUCACGUAA